CAAAUAAAAAAUAACAAAAAGUUUUAUUUCAAUGAUUGCCAAAUAGCAAAAUAUUUACGUUAGUUAGAGCAAAAAGUUUGUUUGUAAACAUAAAAAUGCGCUGAAAAUUGCAACAAAAGAACGAAGAAGAUACAACAACCACAAAUCAUCUGAAAAAUUAAGUGAAAUCUUGUGCAGCUGUCAACGAACGUCCAAGGAUAUUCGACUAUUUAUAGCAUAAAUACACACAUUAAAUAAUAUGGCAUAAACGAAUUAUGCCACAAAGCUUUAGCACAGGAAAAACGCAAAAGAACUGAUUGAAUGUUCGUGGAAAACGGAUGAUUUUUUUUUUUUAACAUAAAUGCAACAUUAUGUCAGCCACGAGAUCCGGUCCACAGCAAACACAUACAGAGCAGUAUACGAAUCCCUCCUUCGAGCAGGAACUCAGCCCGGCCACAGGAGCAGCAACAACAACAACAACAGCAGCAGCAGCAGCAGCGGGAGGAACAAACAAAAGCACCGCAGGCUCGGUGAUAGGAACUGACCCGGACACAGGCAUUGGCGCCGCAAUCGGUUCGAACUCAGGCUCAAGUUCAGGUGCAGGUUCAGGUGCAGCUGCCGGUGCCGGUGCCGGUGCAGGUGCAGGUGUAUGCAUAAGCGAUGCCGAGACGGGCACGACACAUCGCAAAGGUCACAGGCGACAGGAAUCAAUGUACCAGAUGACAGGCCUCUAUUCGGAGACGAACAGCGGCGACGAUAGCAGCAUAGAUGCCACCCACGACGGCUCCCAUGUCGGCGAGCCGUCCAAGCCAACGACGCUGACCACCACGACGACAACGACGAUGAUGACGACGCCGAUGACAACGUCCAUGGAUAAUGUUGUCCUCAAGUGCCACAGUCGACAGCCAUCUGCUGCUGUGACGGCGGCCACCAAGUGCUCGAGUGCCGAUCAUCAGCGGGAUGAUGACGAGGAUGAGGAACAGUUCCGUACGCGAGACUGCGGCAUAUUGAAUUGCCGGCCGUAUGGCAUACAAAGAUUUGCUAGGAUUAAGAUAUUUGUGCUGCUGCUCUCGCUGCUGGUGAUGAUGCAGCAAGCGCUGAGCUCCGGCUACAUCAACUCGGUGAUAACGACCAUUGAGAAACGCUUCGAGAUACCCUCCAGCUAUUCGGGCCUGAUCGCGUCCAGCUAUGAGAUCGGUAACGUGAUAACCGUCAUCUUUGUCAGCUAUUUGGGCAGUCGUCGGCACAUACCCGUCUGGAUUGGGAUCGGGGCGGUAAUCAUGGGCAUUGGCUCGCUGGUGUUUAUGGUGCCGCAUUUUACGGGCGAGCCCAAUCCGGGCAUUGCGAUCAAGAACAAGAGCAGCGAUAACAUUUGCCGCAGCGCAUUGGUACGUGACCAAGACAUGGAUCUCGGGCGACUUUCAAGUGGUCUCUCCAAUCAGCCGCUGGCGCCGCACACGCUGCGCGAGGACAAUUGCCUGGAGGGCAAGGCCUCCACGACAGGUCCCGUGCUGCUCUUUGUGCUCGCCCAACUGCUGCUCGGCUGCGGUGGCAGUCCGCUCUUCACGCUGGGCACCACCUAUGUCGACGAUCAUGUGCGCACCGAGAGCUCUUCGAUGUACAUCGGCUGCAUGUACAGCAUGGCAGCCUUUGGACCAGUUGUUGGCUUUCUGCUUGGCGCCUAUUUGCUUUCCUUUCACAUGGACUCGUUGGGAUCCACCAUUAUAUCCAUAACGCCCGGCGAUCGUCGAUGGGUGGGCAUGUGGUGGGGUGGCUUUCUGCUCUGCGGCGUUAUACUGCUCGUCGUGGCGGUGCCAUUCUUCUCCUUCCCCAAGGUGCUCACGCGCGAGAAGAAGAAGAUAAGGAAAAGCAGUGUUGUGCAGCUGGCACUGCCCAACAAUUCGACCGCUGCCGCCACAGACGAGCUGGGCAAGGUGAAGAAAGAGAUUGUGGCUGUGACGAGCAAGGAGGAGGAGGCACAUGCGCCGCCCACGGUGGACACUGGCUAUGGCAAGGACAUUAAGGACAUACCGCAGUCAAUGUUGCGCCUGGUCAAGAAUCCCGUUUAUAUUGUCACCUGCCUCGGCGCUUGCAUGGAACUGAUGAUUGUCUCCGGCUUCGUGGUCUUUCUACCCAAAUAUCUAGAGACUCAGUUCAGUCUGGGCAAGAGUCAAGCAAACAUAUUCACCGGCUCGAUCGCCGUGCCCGGCGCUUGCAUUGGCAUCUUCAUUGGCGGCUGCGUCCUGAAGCGAUUCCAACUGAAGCCCAAGGGCGCUGUGCAGUUCGUGCUGAUCACUAACGUCAUCUGUCUGGCCUGCUAUGCUAUGCUGUUCUUUCUGGGCUGUGACAAUCUGAAAAUGGCCGGCACCACUAUACCCUACUACACUAGCUCCAAGCAUGGCUCGACCUUGGAUCAGCCCUUCCAGGUUAAUCUGACGGCGGCGUGCAAUUUUGGCUGCGAGUGCCUAACCAGCGAGGUGGAGCCCGUUUGCGGCAACAAUGGUCUGACCUACUUUAGUCCCUGCCAUGCCGGCUGCACCGCCUUUUCGUCCAGUUCCAACUAUACAAACUGUGCCUGUGUUCACGCCAACAUCUCGAGCAAUAUUUAUCGCGGCGCCGGCGGCAGCCAGGCGCAGGCAUUGAGCGCCAGCGAGGACUUUGCCGAGGUAACUGUUGUGCCGGUGGCCACCGCUGGACCCUGCGCCACGCCCUGCCGCACCAUUUACCCCUUCCUUAUACUGCUCUUCUUUAUGACAUUCAUUGUGGCGUCCACCCAAAUGCCAUUGCUGAUGAUCGUGCUGCGCUCCGUAUCCGAGGAGGAGCGCUCCUUCGCCCUGGGCAUGCAAUUUGUCAUAUUUCGUCUGUUUGGCUAUAUACCAGCGCCCAUACUCUUUGGCAACCUCAUCGACUCCACAUGCCUGCUCUGGAAGUCGUCCUGCGGCGAGAAAGGCGGUCGUUGUCUCAUCUACGACAUUGAGAAGUUCCGCUACAAAUACGUGGGUCUGUGUGCCUCUGUUAAACUGGUUGCGCUGUUCAUCUUCAUUGUGGACUGGUGGCUUGUGCGCAGGCGCAAGCAGCUCGAGAACAUGAAGCCACUGAAUGCUAGCGAUCCCAUUAUCGGAUCCAUCAUCAGUCUAGACAAACUGUUUGAGGAGAAACUGACUGGUGGCGAUCCGAACACUGGCUUUGUUGCAGGCAAUGGCGAGCUGAUUAUCCCAACUGAUAUACUGCGACACUCGCGCAACGACUCACGCACCAUGCAGCUGGAGUACUGCUACGACAAGUGCGGCAAUGUGUUGCCGGCAGUGAACGCAUGUCUGGCGCCGCAGACCAAGUCGAAGAAGCAUUUCCGCAGCGCUUCGUGUGAUGUGAAGAUGAUUAAGAGCUUUGCCAAGGAUCACAAUGUGGCGAGUAGCGCUGCAGACGCCGCGGGCGAUAAGUACAGGAAUCUAAAGAAGCUGCAGUCGCACACUCGCAAUCACUCCACGGAUCUCAAUCCGCAUGAUGUGCGGCACAAGACGCUGCGCGAUGAUCCAACGCUGCCCAUACGCUACAUACAGAACCAGCUGCGCCCGCAGGACUGUGCCGAAGAGGACGACGACGAUGAGCUAACCACUGGCUGUGGCCACUUCGUGAAGAAGCAUUCACGCAAUCACAGCUACGAUCAGAUUUAUAUGCCCAACAAUAUACGCUUCGAUGCUGAUUUUCUGCGACAUCCGCAUUCGCAUCACAGCAAUCCCAAAAAGAACGUCAAUGUGCUGAAGAACGUGGUCUCCGAUGCCAGCAAGUUGAAGAAUUCCAAUGAGACCGAGGCCAGCUCCGGAUCGCGUUGCCACUCACGCAACAAUUCCAAGGAUCUGAACAGUCAGGCUGCCUUAGUGGAGCCAUCGUCCAGUGGUCUCAGCAUUCUGCGUCAUCGCCGCACCAGCUCGAAAGAUCUUAACUACAGCGUCCUGGCCACCGGCAACAGCAACAGCACCAUAGAGGCCCCGACAACAGGUGCUGCCCAGAGCCGUGCAAUACAGCAACAGCAGCAACAGCACACCCGGAAUUUGUCGCAUCACAAAAUUCAAAUCGAUGACGAUCGCAACGAGCUAAUUACAGAUAAUGACGAUGACGAGGAGUCGGCUUCGAUCCGUCUGUAGUUGCGGUAGUUGAACAUGUUCCUGUGCAUAGCGUAGCAAUCUCUCCAAUGUCUCACAUAGCUUUAAGCUGAUUCGGUUUGUAACAGCAGCAGAAGCCUAUAUAAACACAUUCCAGGCGUGUGCGUGCGUGCAACCAAACCCUUGUCCGACUAUAUUAUUUCCUUAUAAGUUGUAACCAGCUGCUUUACAUGUACUUACAACCAAGUGUUCAAUUGUACUUUCCUCAUAGUGAACAACAAACGAAAAAUAAUGUUUUUUAUACAAUAUUUAAACUGGUUCACACCGAAGUUCACACAGUUGGAGCAUUGCAACAAUAUUUAUAUAUAUAUAUGCAUAUAUAUAUAUAUAUAUAUAUAUAUAGUUUAUUUAUUGUGUAAGCAUACUGUAGGAACAUAUUGUAGUGUUAGCUCCUUGUGAUAGGCAUAUUUUAUAUUGUAUACGUACCAUUUAUAUUAUAAGUGCUAUUUGAGUGUUCCUCGAGAGCCGAAGGAAGAUACAGUCUGUCUAAUCACAAAAAUGUGUACACGAUUUUCAUGAUUAUCUUCUAUAAACCAUCUCGGCUCAGUUCAAUCGGAACACAUGUUGCCAGCUGCCAAAUUAUUCAAGUCAGAUUCAUGAUAUACGCGAUAUCCGAUGAGCCCCUCAAAAAACAUACCCAUUUUUAAUUCCAGCCUGUAAGAAUCGAUGUGAACAGCUCCUGAUUUUUUUUUUAUCACUUUUUCUUUUUUGUCAAUCCCAAAAAGCUUUUACUCAAUACUUAGUGCAAUCUCGGUUUCGAAAUGCAAAAUUUAUUAUGUAUAAACAAUAACAACAACAACAGAAAAGAUGUAAAAACAAAUAAAAGGAAUACGCAGCUGAACUAACAAUAUCAAUAUAUUAACAAUUGUCAAUGGAAAUUGUGCUGUGAAAUAAUGUGUGAGAAAAAAAAGAAGGAAUUAUAAUAACGAAACGAAUGUUAAAAAAAUUGCAAUAAUAGAAUAUAACAAAGCUAAAUGAAUUUC